AGUAACCAUUUAUCAUCUUCCAGAAAGCAACUUCUGGAUGUAUCCAAACAACCUCAUAUAUGGACUUCCAACAACUUCAAAGAUUUUGAAUGAACUGGAUUCUUCUAAAAAGGAAAACAUUCUGUAGUGUGUAUAACCACAUUUCAGUCUGCUCCUUUUUCUUAUCCUCUUCCUCUGCCUAACCAUGCCUACAGCAACAAGUCUUCUCAAAACCACUUCAUUUCAGAUCCACCACCAAAUUCCCACUUCUAAAACCACUUUCCUUCCUAAUCUCCUACUGCGCAACCACGGCAAAACCACCACCAGUCCCUUCUUAUCCUCAUUUUCAUGUCCCAGAACAGCUUAUUUCCAUGGUGGGUCCAAAACUUCUGCAGUCCUGGAAACAAAAUCAGAUUCUACUAAUCAAACUGUAACCAUUCCUCCUGUUCCUAUUAGGAUUGUUGCAUUGGUCGGAGAAGGAAGCAUCAGCCCAUUAAAAUCAGCACCGUGGAUGGAAGUUAUGCUUCAUACUGCAAAUAGACUGAAAUGGGUAGAUGAAGGAUAUGAAAUGGAAGUAUACAGUGAUAAAAUUUGUCAGUUAGAUAACGAAGAAUCGAAAAAUCUGCAAAGGAAAUUGUCACAGACAGAUAUUUUGAUGGUUGUUGCCAUUACUGAUAUGCAAUCAGUUACUUGGGUCAGAACGAAUAGUGAGAAGAUACCGAACGUCGUCUGUUUUGAUUCUUCUCCAGAUUUAACUAACAAAUUAGGAGGAGUUUUGGUGAACACUGAAGAGAAGAAAGUAGGAUUUUUUAGCAAAAUAAGCAGAAUUGGACAAGAGGAGAAUUCAGAUGAAUCAAAAGAAGUUGUUAAAACGGUUGCUGAAGCGUGGGAACGUCAUAAUUCCGAUGAUAUAAGGUUCUGCAUUCUAGUGAUUAUUAAUACAUAUAUAAGGCCCGUGGAGAUUCUUAACAACUUGAGAUCAAAGGGUUUAUCGACGCUUAAGUGCAUGGCGACGAAUUGUGGACCUCAGAUACUUAACUGUUUGUUGGACCCCAACUGUAGAAAGGCUCUUCAAUGCUUGAACAAUUGCAGUCCGGUGGAUCAGGUGUGCAACUACCGGUGUAUAGCAUCCUAUGAGAGUCCUAAUCUAGAGGCAUUUUCAUUGUGUGUAUUGCAGAAGCACAAUUGUCUUGAACUGGAUGCGAAAAUACCCGAAAAACCGUUUGUGCCUCCAAUGGUUAAAUUCCGAGGAGAUGAUUUGUGUCAUGAAACUGCUGAAGAUCUCUUUGUUGGCUGGUUGGGCGAUUUGGACUGGAGUUGGCGUGUUGUUGCAGGGCAAAACCCGGCUUAUGAUCAGUUCCCAUGUCAGUAUCAGUUGUUUUAUAGAGGGAAAGCAAGAGGGUCAUUUUGGUAUGAACCAGUUUUUCAAGUCAAAACAUUGGAGGAAGGAAACUUGGUAUGGAGAAGACGGCGAUAUCGUGUUAAGAGAGCAAAAGUCCCAGGGACAUUCAAUUUUAGCGUAUUAGAUAACGGCGUAGUAUCAAAUGAAUACUGGACAAUUGUGGAUGUUGCUGAUGAUUUAAGCUGGGGUUUGUUUCAUUACAGUGGUGCUGCGCGGGUUGCAGGACAGUCAUAUACAGGGGCUGUUCUUGUAAGCCCUGACGGAGAGUACCCAAACGAGAAAGAGAAAGAAAAAUUAGUUUCAGCAUUAGAAAAAUGUGGGAUAAAGGAAUGGGAACUUUUCAUGGUUGAUAACUGUUCUUGUGAGAAUCCUCCAUUGGGGAUUCCUGACGGGUCUAGUUUGCACCGUAAAAUUGAAGUUAAAGCUCCGAAAUAAAUGUGCAUAUGCAUGCACCAUUAGGCACGUUAUUUUUCUGCUUCACUUUAAACAUGUGGUUCGAAAUUUAAUCCAUUGGAACAGCGCAAUAGUGGACGACGUUAGAAGUCAGUAUACUUGGCACCUCAAUCCAGAGGUCAUUCAUUGUUCAGGUUUACACGUUUUUCUGCUGUUCUUGCUCUAUAAAUCUGGUAUGGAUAUAUCAUUUAACUCUAAAAUGUUAAUACUGUAACAGAGAAUUUGUAUAUCAAAAUAAGAAGGGUUGUCUGUAAUAAUCCAGGUCCUGUAUGUACGACUUUUAAACCUUGUUACGGGCAAAAGUCCAAGAUUCCCUUACAAUGUCAGCCUAUUCUCAACAGUUUCUCCCAGCA